AUGAAGCCACCUGAUGCAGAUCUUGACCAUCAACCCUUCCCAGAUGCUUCUUCAAGUGCAGCAGAAGCCAAUAAUAAGUCUGUUAUUACGUCUGAAAUCCUUCCUCAAGAGAUAGUAGUGAGUGAAACACGUGACACUAAACCAAUAAUAGACGAGCAUCCUAAAGAGUAUAAUCAUCCGUCUCCAGCAGAAAGACGAGCUGCAAAACAAAAUGGACAUAAAGCAAAUGCUCAGGAAGAAAAGAUAGUCAUGAGAUCAGACCAAUCUAAAAGUGUUCAGAAUAACACGACCAGCAACCCUGAAGACUCUGUCAUUCAGCCACAUCUGCACACUGAUCACAUCAGUAAUAACACUGAAAACAAUCAUGACUUUACAGUGAGCAUUGAGCAAGAUCUGACAGCUCCUCUGAACACCAGUGAUUCUGACACUGAGAAUGAAGCAAAGCCCUCACAAACUGAGACAGCAGAUAUAGAAAUGAAGCCACCUGAUGCAGAUCUUGACCAUCAACCCUUCCCAGAUGCUUCUUCAAGUGCAGCAGAAGCCAAUGAUAAGUCUGUUAUUACGUCUGAAAUCCUUCCUCAAGAGAUAGUAGUGAGUGAAACACGUGACACUAAACCAAUAAUAGACGAGCAUCCUAAAGAGUAUAAUCAUCCGUCUCCAGCAGAAAGACGAGAUUUAGGAAUUACAAGGAGCACUUUCUCAAAGGUCAGUCACUCAGAAAGUCCAGAGCAAUGUACAAAAAGAGCAAACGCUUGGCCAAAAGAUGGUCAUAAAAAGCCCUUGAAAGGUGAACACAAUAACAGGACCAGCGGUCAGACCUGCAUAAACCUAACCCUAACCCCUGAUUCUGACACUGAGACAGAAGCAAGUCUAGAAAGACAAAUAAUGAACCCUGAGCCCCCUGAAACUGCACACGAGUCAGAUUUAGAUAAUGAUGAGGCAAGACCACAACAUAACAGCUUCUUGCCAGAGACAACUGUGAGCAGAAGAAAACAUAUACCCUUUAAGUUUGGUUUAAUUGGCAUAAUUGGCAUUAUUGGCAUUAUUGAGAAACCGCUCUCUUCCCCCGGACACAUGGAAGAGGUCAUCCGCCGCCUAACGGAGCUCUCGGCCCGCCAGCAGCAGUUUACAGAGCGACUGGCCGCCCGGCAGGAAUAUACUGGCCGGGUCGUGGAACAGCUGCAGGCCAGCGUGGCGGGGCCUCCCGGAAGCGCCGGUCAGAGCGCACCAAUACCUCGGCCAGUUGACCGAGAACGACGACAUCGAGGCUUACCUCCAUACGUUUGA